GAACGCGUGCGCCUCGGCGUGUGCAUCGGCGAGUUUCAUAAUAAACUCAUGGAUCGCAUGCUCGAGGACGCGCGCGUGAGCGCGGAGGCGAUGGGAGCGACGAUCGAUAAGGUGGUGUGGGUGCCGGGGACGUACGAAGCGCCGCUGGUGGUGGAGAAUAUGUUGCAGGAUCCGACGCUGGACGCGUGCGUCGUGUUGGGAUACAUCGAAAAGGGAUCGACGCUGCACGGGCAAGAGAUGGGGGCGACGUUUUCCAUCAUCGCGAAGCAAUUAGAGUUAGAGUAUGGGAAACCGGUGGGAAUGGGGAUCAUCGGACCGGGCGCGACGGCGGAACAGGCGGAGAUGCGCGUGGCGUACGCGGGCAACGCCGUUCGCGCGAGCGUGCGCAUGGCGAGA